AUGGAUCUCAACGGGCCUGCCAUUCCUCCGCCUCCUGGUGAGGUGUCGAUUCUUGAUAAUCCUCCAAAUCGCAAUGACCUCGCUUUGGGAGUCCAAAUCGGCACUUGUGCAAUUGCUACAAUUUGCUUCUUUCUUCGAAUCUACGCCCGUGUAAUCAUUUCACGAAAAUUCCAAGCCGAAGAAAUCAUGGCGAUAUUGGCAUACGGAACUUAUUGGGGUGCCAUCAUUCCUUCAUUCAAAAUGCUCAAGUAUCCUGGCUACUUCGUCCACGCGUGGAAUGUGCGUCUUAUAGAUGUCAUCCCGACAACUUACUGGGUCUUUGUUUAUGGUGUCUGCUACUCUAUUGUGCUUCCGCUGCUCAAGGUUGCCAUCUUGACUGAGUGGGUACGACUCUUUGUUCCCACCUCAAAAAACAAAAAUCCCUUCUUUUGGGGAGCCGCCGCGAUUGCGUUUGUGCAAAUUGCGUCUGGCAUUGGUAUCGUAAUUGCUCUCAACCUCCAGUGCAUUCCCCAUGAGCGCCUCUGGGAUUUCAGAAUUCCUGGCAAGUGCUUCAACCUGUAUACGCUCCAGGUCAGCUCCGCGAGCAUCCAGCUUGCCUCGGAUAUUGCCAUGUUUUGCCUGCCGCAGCACACAAUCUGGACCUUGAAGAUGACCUGGCAAAAGAGACUUGGUGUUGCUGCCAUCUUCGGUAUGGGUGUAAUUGCUAUCGUUGCAGCAUCUUUCCGAGUCGAUGUCACUGUCAAGCACGGCAACUCCCCAGACUCCCUCUAUACCCUCGCCCCUAUCGUGUUUUGGGCCUCGGCCGAGAUGACAUGCGGAUUCUUCAUCCUUUGCGUACCCUGCAUUCCCAAAAUUAUACAAGAAGCAGGUGUUGUCCCUGCGCUCAAGAAAGGAACGAGCAUGUUUCACUCUGGCAGCAAAUCCAACGGGGGUUCAAAUGGCUAUGCUCGCGGCGGCGGCACCACCAAGACGUCCGUGUCCGCGAACAAGGACUAUUAUCAACUGGAAGAGGAUGGUUUACACAUGAAGAACCUUUCAGAAUCCACGGAACAGUUACACCAAGGCGUCCAUAGCUCUGCCAUCACACGAACCACGCGCGUGACAGUGACCAACGACAGCCGCUCUAUCAGCGAUUCCGACGGCAAGGAGGGUGCUUGGGGUAAUUAG